AUGGCCUACAUGUCCGCCAUCGCUUAUGAGAGCGUCCUCAACGUUCAAGCAUGGAACUGCAAACUGUGCCAAGAAUACAAAAUCAACCUUCCCAAGCCAUUCGUCAACCUCACCAGUGGAGUUCGAGGCUUUACCGUCUUGAGCCAAAUCGAGAGCCUUCAUAGGAUCUACCGCAACGCUGGCAUCUAUAUCACUGGACACGGCCUUGGAGGUGCAUUCGCCAUUCUUGCUGCCACUGACAUCAAGAGUCUUUACCAGAGCGCUGAUGCUGUCUACACCUUCGGACAGCCAAGAGUAGGAAACGAGCAAUUCGCAAGUUACUAUGCUAAGACCCUUCCUGAGACUUAUCGAGUAAUCAACUUUGCCGACAUUGUCCCCCACCUUCCUGCAACAUCAGCAGGAUAUCUGCAUUCCAGUUUUGAAGAGUGGUAUCAAACUGGCAUGAAGACUUACAAGACCUGCGAAGGUGAAAGCCCAAACUGUUCUAACACAGUCCUUCCCCAAUCUUGGAGCAUAAGUGACAACAACAUUAACAACUACAUCACUAUUAGCACUGACCCAUCUCAGUUGACCCAAGAUGAUUGA